AUAACACAAAUCUUAAGAUACACAAAGUUUGAAAGAUGGCUGGUGGAGGCUUAGUUGCUUCAGCAAAUGGAAGGCAAUAUGAUGGGAAGGUGACACCGUUCGUGUUGGUCACAUGUUUGGUGGCGGCCAUGGGAGGUCUACUUUUCGGUUAUGAUCUUGGUAUUACCGGAGGAGUAACUUCCAUGGAACCAUUUCUGGUGAAAUUCUUUCCCGGCGUUUACAAGCAAAUGAAAAAUGAAUCUGCGGACAAGAACCAAUAUUGUAAAUUUGACAAUGAGCUUCUUACUUUGUUCACAUCUUCCUUGUAUCUUGCAGCGCUAAUAGCUUCUUUCUUUGCUUCCACGACUACGAGAAGGUUUGGACGCAAGGUCUCAAUGUUUGCUGGUGGCAUGUUUUUUCUUGUUGGUGCAUUGCUGAAUGGUUUUGCCGUCAAUAUUGAAAUGCUUAUCAUUGGUCGUCUAUUGCUUGGUUUUGGUGUCGGAUAUUGUAAUCAGUCUGUUCCAGUGUAUUUGUCUGAAAUGGCUCCGGCAAAGAUUAGAGGCGCACUCAAUAUGGGCUUUCAAAUGAUGAUCACAAUUGGAAUCCUAGGUGCAAACCUUAUCAACUAUAAGACUGCCAAUCAUAAGAGUGGAUGGAGAGUUUCUUUAGGUAUUGGAGCCGUCCCUGCGGUUAUGUUGUGUGUAGGAUCUUUUUUCUUAGGUGACACACCAAACUCUAUGAUUGAAAGGGGUCAAAAAGAAGCAGCUAAAAAAAUGUUACAAAGGAUUCGUGGCAUUGAUAAUGUUGAUGAAGAGUUUCAGGAUCUGGUUGAUGCUAGCGAGGAAGCCAAAAAGGUAGAGCAUCCAUGGAAGAAUAUUACACAACCAAGAUAUAGACCUCAACUCACUUUUUGCAGUCUCAUUCCAUUCUUCCAACAACUCACCGGCAUCAAUGUUAUCAUGUUUUAUGCACCUGUCCUUUUCAAAACUCUGGGAUUUGGAAGCGAUGCUUCACUCAUGUCUGCAGUAAUUACCGGAGGUGUCAACGUUGCUGCUACUUUUGUUUCCAUUUUCACUGUAGACAAGUUUGGAAGAAGAAUUUUGUUCCUUGAAGGCGGUGUCCAAAUGCUUAUAUGCCAGAUUGUUGUUGGAAGCAUGAUUGCGAUGAAGUUUGGAGUUAGCGGUCAAGGGUCAUUUACAAAAGGUGAAGCAAAUCUUCUGGUGUUCUUUAUAUGUUUGUAUGUUGCGGCAUUUGCAUGGUCUUGGGGUCCAUUGGGAUGGUUAGUCCCUAGUGAAAUAUGUCCUCUUGAGGUUCGAUCUGCAGGUCAAGCUACCAAUGUUGCCGUGAACAUGUUAUUCACCUUCGCCAUUGCUCAAAUUUUUCUUAAUAUGCUUUGUCACUUGAAGUUCGGGCUUUUCUUCUUCUUUGCCGGCUUUGUGCUCAUCAUGACAAUUUUCAUCGCCUUGUUUAUGCCCGAGACAAACAAAGUCGCCAUUGAAGAAAUGAAUAAUGUGUGGAAGUCUCACUGGUUUUGGAGGAAGUUUGUUCCUACUACUGUCAAUGAUCAUGACCAUAAGGGGAUGCGUGAAAUACCCAUGGCAUAGACACUAUUAUAUGUGUGAUAUAACAAUUUUCAUUAAUUCAUUGUAUUAACUAGCUAAAGACCCGUGUAUUAGCACGAGUGCGUUGAUUUCACUUUAAAAAUAUUUUAAGCAUUUGUUUAUUUUAUUUUUGAAAAUUUGUUGCACCGUGUCCGUUAUGGAUUGUAGGUGCUUAUUUUAGUAUUAUAAAUGUUUGUUUAUUCUAUGAGAAGAUUUGUUAAAAUAUUUUCCUCGUGUUGCAGUGUGUUUAUAUCCACCACAUUUUAUGUUGCAAGUACUAAUUUGAAUGUCCCAUAUUUAUUAUUAGUACACAACGAUAUAAAUUUGAA